UCCCACUCGCACGGCCCCUUCCUCCCUCCUCUCCCGGCCGUUCGCAUUUCCUGCCGCUCUGGCUCUCUCGGCCCCUCAAAGUUCUUCCCAACUUUUUCUCCACCGAGCGGGCGCAGUCUCGGGGGCAGGUUGCUGCGCUCCUCGGGUCUCAGCUGCCUCCCCUCCUGGGCAGGUCCUCGGGGAGCAGCACACACAAAGUGGCCGCUGGCGGUCCUUCCCCUCCCACCUCACCCAUCCUCCCUGGCCUUCUCGUCCCGGGCCCCCUCGGGCGGGACAGCCAGGGUACUCAGGUUCUUCUCCCUUUUCCCUUCGCCGGUGCGCCCCUGCGCCGACUCUCGCGUCCGGACCUCAGCGGAAACCUCCCUCCCCUUUCGCCUCCUGCGGCUGCUUCCCUCCUCCCCUCCUCCGCCAGCCACUGGAAUCAAUUCCGUGGGGAAUUGGGGCUCCGUAGCCGCGGAGGACAGCCUUUCCGCGCGGGACUCCGGGCACCACGGGGUCAUGUAAGCAGCUGUCUUCCAGGGGGCCACACUGGGCAUGGACACCGCUUUCUGUACCUGCAGGAGCACAGGUGGUAGUGUGAUCACCCAGUCACAAAACUGCUAAGGCCACCUCAGGGGCGUGUGCGCCAGGAUAGGAGGGCGGCAUCGGAGGGCCACAGAGCCAUGCCUUUCGGUCUGAAACUCCGCCGGACACGGCGCUACAACGUCCUGAGCAAGAACUGCUUCGUCACCCGAAUCCGCCUGUUGGACAGCAAUGUUAUUGAAUGCACACUGUCUGUGGAAAGCACAGGGCAAGAGUGCCUGGAGGCUGUGGCCCAGAGGCUGGAGUUGCGGGAGACGCACUACUUUGGCCUUUGGUUUCUUAGCAAGAGCCAGCAAGCACGAUGGGUGGAGCUGGAGAAACCUCUGAAGAAACAUCUGGACAAAUUUGCUAAUGAGCCUCUGCUUUUCUUCGGAGUCAUGUUCUAUGUGCCAAAUGUGUCAUGGCUUCAGCAAGAGGCCACAAGAUAUCAGUAUUACCUGCAAGUCAAAAAAGACGUGCUUGAAGGGAGGUUGCGGUGUACCUUGGAACAGGUGAUUCGACUGGCUGGCUUAGCUGUGCAAGCUGAUUUUGGAGAUUAUAAUCAGUUUGAUUCUCAGGAUUUCCUCCGAGAGUAUGUGCUAUUUCCUAUGGAUCUGGCCCUGGAAGAGGCUGUUCUAGAAGAGCUGACCCAGAAAGUGGCCCAAGAACAUAAAGCCCACAGCGGAAUCCUGCCAGCAGAAGCUGAACUAAUGUACAUCAAUGAAGUGGAACGUCUGGAUGGAUUUGGACAGGAAAUCUUCCCUGUGAAGGACAAUCAUGGAAACAGUAUGCACCUUGGCAUUUUCUUUAUGGGAAUAUUUGUAAGAAACAGAAUUGGAAGACAAGCAGUAAUAUAUAGGUGGAAUGACAUCGGGAACAUCACUCACAACAAGUCGACCAUUCUAGUGGAGCUCAUCAACAAGGAAGAGACUGCCCUCUUUCAUACGGAUGAUAUUGAAAACGCCAAGUAUAUUUCACGGUUAUUUACUACACGGCACAAGUUUUACAAACAAAACAAAAUCUGCACCGAACAAUCAAAUUCUCCACCCCCCAUCAGACGCCAGCCCACCUGGAGCCGAUCUUCCCUGCCCAGGCAGCAGCCGUACAUCUUGCCUCCCGUGCACGUGCAGUGUGGCGAGCAGUACUCGGAAACACACACUUCACAAGACAGCAUUUUCCACGGGAAUGAAGAAGCCUUAUAUUGCAAUUCUCACAACAGCCUGGACUUAAAUUACUUAAAUGGCACCGUUACCAAUGGCAGCGUGUGCAGUGUUCACAGUGUCAACUCCCUCAGCUGCUCCCAAAGCUUCAUCCAGGCUUCUCCCGUCUCCUCCAACCUGAGUAUCCCUGGGAGCGACAUCAUGCGGGCUGACUACAUUCCUAGCCACCGGCACAGUGCCAUCAUUGUGCCAUCUUAUAGGCCGACCCCCGAUUAUGAGACGGUCAUGCGGCAGAUGAAGAGGGGGAUGAUGCACGCGGACAGCCAGAGCCAGUCUCUGCGGAACCUCAACAUCAUCAACACCCACGCCUACAACCAGCCGGAGGACCUGGUGUACAGCCAGCCGGAGAUGCGGGAGAGACACCCCUACACAGUCCCCUAUGGGCCACAGGGGGGCUAUAGUCACAAACUUGUCAGUCCAUCUGACCAGAUGAACCCAAAGAACACCACAGUGCCCAGCAAGCCGGGGGCAAGUGCCAUCUCACACACGGUGAGCACCCCAGAGUUGGCCAACAUGCAGCUCCAGGGCAGCCAUAACUACAGCACGGCCCACAUGCUCAAGAACUAUCUCUUCAGGCCACCGCCCCCCUACCCGCGGCCCCGCCCUGCCACCAGCACCCCGGACCUUGCCAGCCACCGCCACAAGUACGUCAGUGGCAGUAGCCCAGACCUGGUGACACGGAAGGUGCAGCUGUCAGUGAAGACCUUCCAAGAGGACAGCUCUCCCGUGGUGCACCAGUCUCUCCAGGAGGUAAGCGAGCCCCUGACAGCCACCAAGCACCAUGGCACAGUGAACAAGCGCCACAGCCUGGAGGUGAUGAACAGCAUGGUGCGAGGCAUGGAGGCCAUGACGCUCAAGUCGCUCAACAUCCCCAUGGCCCGCCGCAACACGCUGCGGGAGCAGGGGCCUCCGGAGGAGGGGCCCGGCGGCCUCGAGGUCCACCAGCUUCCUCAGUACCACCACAAGAAGACGCUCUCCGAUGCCACCAUGCUGAUCCACAGCAGUGAGAGCGAGGAAGAGGAGGAGGCCCCGGAAGCCGUGCCGCAGAUCCCCGUGCUGCGGGGGAAGAUGGAGUACAGCGCCCAGCUGCAGGCCGCGCUGGCCCGGAUUCCGAACAAGCCCCCGCCCGAGUACCCUGGACCCAGGAAGAGUGUUAGCAACGGGGCACUGAGGCAAGACCAGGGGAACCUUCCUCCUGCCAUUGCCAGAGCCCGUGUGAUGAGGCACGGGCCAGCCAAGGCCCUCAGUGUCUCCCGAACCGAUCAGCUGGCCAUCAAUGGGUCCUCCCUGGGUCCGUCCAUCUCCGAACCCGACCUGACAAGUGUGAAGGAGCGGGUCAAAAAAGAGCCUGUGAAGGAGAGACCUGUGUCGGAAAUGUUUUCCCUGGAGGACAGCAUUAUAGAGAGAGAGAUGAUGAUUAGGAAUCUAGAGAAGCAGAAGAUGGCAGGCCUGGAGGCACAGAAGAGGCCACUGAUGUUGGCAGCAUUGAACGGGCUCUCAGUGGCUCGGGUCUCAGGGCGGGAAGAGAGUCGACAUGAUGCCACCCGAGUUCCCAUGGAUGAGAGGUUCAGAACCCUGAAGAAGAAGCUAGAAGAGGGAAUGGUGUUCACAGAGUAUGAGCAAAUCCCAAAGAAAAAGGCCAAUGGUAUUUUCAGCACCGCGGCUCUGCCAGAAAAUGCUGAGCGCAGCCGAAUCCGUGAAGUUGUCCCUUAUGAGGAGAAUCGGGUGGAGCUGAUACCAACCAAAGAGAACAACACCGGCUACAUCAAUGCCUCCCAUAUCAAGGUGGUGGUUGGUGGGGCAGAAUGGCACUACAUAGCAACUCAGGGGCCCCUGCCACACACAUGCCAUGACUUUUGGCAGAUGGUGUGGGAGCAGGGAGUGAACGUGAUUGCCAUGGUCACUGCAGAAGAGGAAGGUGGACGAACCAAAAGCCAUCGAUAUUGGCCCAAACUGGGUUCCAAGCACAGCUCAGCCACCUAUGGCAAGUUCAAGGUCACCACAAAGUUCAGAACAGAUUCUGGUUGCUAUGCAACCACAGGCUUGAAGGUCAAGCACCUUUUGUCUGGGCAGGAAAGGACGGUGUGGCAUUUGCAAUAUACUGACUGGCCAGAUCACGGCUGCCCAGAGGAUGUCCAAGGAUUUCUGUCCUACUUGGAGGAGAUCCAGUCGGUCCGUCGCCAUACCAACAGCAUGCUGGAAGGCACCAAGAACCGGCACCCUCCCAUCGUGGUCCACUGCAGUGCUGGGGUGGGAAGGACCGGCGUGGUCAUUCUCUCUGAGCUGAUGAUCUACUGCCUGGAGCAUAAUGAAAAGGUGGAAGUCCCCAUGAUGCUGAGACUCCUCAGGGAGCAAAGAAUGUUCAUGAUCCAGACCAUUGCUCAGUACAAGUUUGUCUACCAAGUCCUCAUCCAGUUCCUCCAAAACUCCAGACUCAUUUAAUCUCCAGAUCCAGCUCCUGGAGGAGGGACCCAGCUCUAUCCUGCAGGUGGAAUCACCUCCAGACAACAUCUGCUCCCCCAGCUGGGGGCAGAUGGCUGGCAGUAGACCAGGAGCCAAGGUUACCCAGAAACGUCAUGUAUUAUUUUAUAUGAGAUAAUUUAUUUUUUCCCCUUUGGAAUAACUUUUGUGAAAUAUUAUAAUGCAGUUUUCUUAUUAAUAUAGUACUUUUCAUUUGAACCACAUUUUGACUGAUCUGCAUUGUAAUACAUCAGGAGGGAAGGUUGUGUGGUGGGUCAUUUUGGGGACAGAGGCAUAAGGGAACACAUCUCUAGUGAAGUUGAAGCCAAAUUUGUAACCCAUCCUAAAAUUCAUCAGCUUCUUUGCUCGUGUCUAAAUCAAAGAUGGCAAGAAAAUGAGCUCAUCCUGAAAUGUAAAGAAAAGGGCCAAGACCCUUUGCUAAAGAAAACACGUUGUUCUUUCAUAUUUGGGGGGGGCUCAUGAGCCCUUGAUGGACAUUCACUUUCCUCUCUUCUUUAUUUCUGCCUUAUUCUCUGUAAACUCUUCUCUCGCCCUCCUCCAUCCCCCAAAGCUUGAGUCAAAGAUAAGAACAGCGAGAGAAAAUGUUCCCUUUACAGGGCAGUGAGGAGCUCUUUGUUGUGUCUUUCUCAACCACCCCUUACUCUGGGUUCUGGAGUCUGUCUCCCUGCUGGGACUGCACCCUGUAUAUCUGCGGCUUCUCUCUGUUUUCUCAGACCCCAGGCUGGUGGCGUUGAGGACCUGGGCCAAGGCCAUCUGUGCAACUCGGCCUCUUGCCUGAUUGAGAGGAUAACGGCCCAGGGUGGGAAAAGAACAGAGUUGGGCAGGGUCUUGAUAUUGUUUCCUAUUUAAAUAUGAAGUGUGUGUUGGACAAGAUCCUGCAGGUUGAGGUGCUGAUGUGUUCCAUCUUUCUCUCAGUCACUGUCAUGGAAAAAGUUAAAAAGGGAACCAUUGAGGAAACUAUUUUCUGGGAGCUGUUUGGGACUUAGUUAUCAGGGGACCCUGACCAGGAGUCACCCACAAUGUGAUCCUCCGUGUGUUGGUAUUACCUCCGGCUUUGGCCUACAAGAGUGUAGUUAAUCCCUCUUAGAAGCCUGUGUUCCAGAUCUUGCCACCCUUGAUGAAUGAUGGUAGAAUUUGUCCUUCAGAGUCUCACUGCUUCCUUUUUCUCCAUGUAACCCACUCUCUGGUCAGUUAUGGUGUGAACCACCAUCAAUUUUAAGCUUGGUUCUUGGUUUUUUCCUAUAACUUUGUUCGUCAGAGUCCUUCUGAAUUUCUUAGGUUAUUACACAAUAAAUCAUGCUUCACGCAUUUUCCCUCUUCCUGAAUUUUGGAAUAUUUCCCUUUCUAUAUUUAGUUUUUCUUGAA